AGUUUAUUUAUUUAUUUAGUGCGGGUGAGUUGUUAUCGCGAGGAACUCUGGAGCUCAAGAGGUGAAGUGAAGCGGAGUUUUUCUACGUCGACUCUUCCAGGGUGGCAUAGAAACAGGGACCUCUGCGGGCUCUUGCAGCUUAAUGGAAAUAGAGACUACAUGUGAGUUUCAUUUGACAUCACUGCAUGUCUCGGGGGCUUUUUGUGUAACGCUAGCCCGGUUUCCUCCGUGUUGAUGGCCCCGCUCGUCACACAUCUGUAGCCGCUGGGUUCCCGUUUUCAGCACCUGGACAGCUCCUGGUCGUGAACCUCCUCUUAUUAUCGGGCACAUGGAGUCUCUGGUGUGGUUGUGGGGGAAGCCCUGCAAACGCAUAUGCAUCCCUCCGAAGAUAUCGUUAUCCUCCCGAUUCAGUGACAGUCUCGUCGUUUCCGCAGAAGGAUGGUGCUUGAAGUCCGAAGUAGGUGUUUUUGUCGUGCGCUGUCUUCUGAGAAGCGAUACGGGUGCUUGGCCAACGCAAAUUUAAGGGGAAUCGCAGCCUACACAGAUCAAGAUAAGAGCUUCCCUCACCCUGAUAAUCAUCAUCAUCAUCAUCAUCGGCGAUGAGGGAGAUGUUACCAUCAUCACUGCGAGGGCAAAGCAGUCACGAUCACACUUUACAAAAUGUAGAGCAAGAAGACAGGAGAGGUGUGGUUGGAGCUAGGUCUCUGCAGUGGUGAAAUCACAUUUCACACUUGAGGUCAUUUACUGUGGAUGUCUAUUUUUGACAGCAAGACCUCAACAUGAGCAACCCCCAGGCUCUUCCUCAGGCUGGUGCCUCGGAGCUGGAGGUGAUCUCCCAGCAGGUAGAGGAAGACAACCAGUGCGUGGCCCCUGUUCAGCUGCUCAACUUCGCCUACAGAGAUUUGCCUUUGGCUGCUCUUGACAUAUCCCUUGCUGGAUCCCAGCUCAUCUCCAACCCAGAUGAAGAGGACAACAGAGAUGGGUCAAACUGGCUGAAGCCAUGCUGUGGGAGGAGGGCAGCGCUGUGGCAGGUCUGUCUGCUGUCGGCGGGCUUCAACUGCUUCCUAGUGGCCUGUGUCAUCCUGGUGGUGGUGCUGCUUACGCUGGAGCUGCUUAUAGAUACCAAGCUGCUGCAGUUUAAUAAUGCAUUCCAGUUUGCCAGCAUCAUCCACUGGAUCAGCCUGGCUAUCCUCUCUGUGUUCUUCACCGAGACGGUGUUCAGAAUCGUGGUGCUGGGGAUAUGGGAUUACAUAGAGAACAGAGUAGAGGUGUUUGAUGGAGCUGUCAUCGUCCUUUCUCUGGCCCCAAUGGUGGCCUCCACAGUGGCCAACGGCCCCAGCAGCCCCUGGGACGCUAUUGGUCUCAUCAUCACACUACGCACCUGGAGGGUCAAGAGGAUCAUUGAUGCAUAUGUGCUGCAAGUGAAGGUGGAGAUGGAGCUGGAGAUCCAGCAGUACGAGAAGGCCAAGGCAGUGAGGGAUGAGCAGCUUGAUCGUCUGACCCAGAUCUGUCAGGAACAAGCAUUUGAAAUCAGGCAGCUGAGGGCCCACUUAGCCCAACAGGACCUGGACCUGGUUGCAGAGCGUGAAGCAGCCAUGCAGAUCCACCAUAUGUGGGGUAAACAGAGCAGCAGUUUCCAGGAGGUGGAUGGACUAGCCCCUGGGGCCUCCGAGCAUCACAGGCCAAAUAAAGCUAGGGAGCCCAGGGGGCCCACAGAUCACCAUGGCCAAGAUGACAUGAACAACUACAUCAGCCAGUACUACAGUGAGCCAAGCAGUGAUACAGGGAUCCCAGAUCCUGCACGCAUCAUCACCACAGCAGCCAUAGACGUGCACCUGCCAAACAACCCCAGCCAGCUUCCCUCCACUUUGGUGAGUGCUGACGCAGCACCAUCCAGCUGUCUGCAGCGGACCGGCAGCUCAGUCAGCGAAGCCUCCACAACCACAAUGUCCCACACCAGUUUCAGCGCCCGCCAGCACAGCAUCAGCAGCCACACACUAGGCUCCACCAGGGACUACAGCUCUACAGUGCGCGAGGCCUCCACCUCCACAGACUACAGCGACCAACGCUGCUACCCUCCGCCCUACAGCAGCCCUCUAGCCCUUGGCACUCAGCCACGAGGCAGUCCCAGUGCUGUGGUGCAGGAGCUGCUGUCCUCUCUGUCUGAGGACUCCUGUCUCGCUCAGAAGGGCCUGGACCCUGUCAACCUUAAACCACCCAGCCCAGCAGGCUCCACCAAAGCCAGCCCUGAGCUGGAACACAGGGUCAACAUCUACAACAAGAGGAAUCAGGAGAGCCAAGUCAGGCUUCAUUCAAAGCCGCUCAUUCAUCUGCAGAGCAACGAGCCUCUUCUAGAGGAGAAGUACAGGAUGAUGGAACCAGUGGACACCCCAGUCAGCUGUCUGUCAGAAACAUAAGACAGCACCUGACAUGUUGAACUUCACACAAAACUUAAUGCUCUACUAAACUCCUGUUCUCAUCGGGAGUCACGGGCACAUAAACUGUGUCUGUCACCACCUUUGUACUUUUGGAACUGAGAAGAUGAGCUUGCCAGUGCAGCACAAAGGGAAGGCACAGAAGACAGAAGGAGUCAAACCUCUUAUCAGGCACCACUUAUCAGGAAUUGACACUGUCAAAAACUUGUUUUUACGAAGAAAAAAAAAAAAACAACCAAAAAAGGCAACAGGGCUCAAGCCCAAAAUUUUCAGACAACUUGUUUGUGCAGAAAAUCUGGCUUUUGAUUUGUUAAGUUGUGGUUUGAUUUCUAAGAAGUUAAACCAGGGAGGGCAGGAUGCUGAGGACUUAUUUUCUCAUACAGUUUGUAGGAAUUAUAGAUGCUGGACUGAUUUCUUGGAGAGCCACAAACCAACUCAGUUCCACUGAGCUACAAAGCAUUGAUUUAUCACAAGUGCAUGUAUAUCAGCUGUUUUGAUAGUCUAGUGUCUCCAAACCUAUAAAGUACAGUCCCAUUUGAUUGACUGCUACAGGGUACACUGGCUCAGUUUCAGCUUUGACUUUUCAACUUCUUUCUAAUCUUUGUCUUUCUAUAUCAGCCACGUUAACAUUUUCAUCUAAAUUCUAUGACAGGAAAGAGCAUGGAAAUCUUUUGACUGGGAAAGGACUCAAGUGAUUCAGAGUUUUUCUCCAGGUGCCAUGGAAGCUGACCAAACCCAGAUAAGUUAUGCUGCAUUUCCAGUAUCGGAGCCUAACAAGCGGUAUACCCCAUACUUCCUUAACUAUCACCAAGCAUAACCUCUGGAGUUGAUGCAGAUCAGCCUGCUUUGUAUUUUCUCUGUGUCCAUGGCUGCGUCCGAAACCGCCUACUACCAUACUGUAUAGUAGGCGAAAA